UGUCCCAAUUUGGGAAAGCUUCCCUCAUCGGAAAAAAACGAACGGGCUUCGCCCAAAGUUUAUGCCAAGCGCUUCUAUACCCCCCAAGAAACCACAUAAUGUCGCAAUCACAAAUACCUUUUCUAAGCGUACCAUUUAAACGCACCACUGACGUCGAUUGGACCUUCCCGUUAAAGUCUUAUAUCGCUCACGUUUACCAAGAAGAUCCUGAAAAGUAUAGCGAAGAAGCUUAUACGCUCAACCGUCUUCGCCAAGACACGCGUGGUGCAGGCAAGGAUCUCACGGGAAGAGAUUUACUUUACCGGUAUUUCGGUCAGUUGGAGCUUUUAGACCUACGAUUUCCUGUCGAUGAACGCAAUGUCAAAGUUCUCUUCAACUGGUACGACGCUUUUGACGGCCGAGCGAUAGCACAAUACUCGCUGGCAUACGAGAAAGCAAGCAUCCUAUUCAAUAUCGGGGCAACACUGUCUUCUAUUGCAGCGGCACAAAACCGUGCGGAAGCGGAUGGCCGGAAAAAGACCUUCAAUUACUUCCAAGCUGCCGCUGGCGUUUUCCAGUACAUCAAUGACAAUUUCUUGCACGCACCGUCACAAGAUCUGAGCCGCGAAACCGUCAAGAUGUUGUCAGAACUGAUGUUGGCACAGGCUCACGAAUGUUUUUUGGAAAGCAGCAUACGCGAAAAAAAACGAGAUGGAUUGGUAGCCAAGCUAGCUAGUCAUGCCGUAUGGGUGUACGGCAACUUGAUCGAUGCGAUGCAAGAUGCAGUGGGUCGCGGUGUUGGUAUCGAAAAGGCUUGGAUCACUCUAUGUCAGGUCAAGCACAAAUACUAUCAAGCACUCACACAGCAACACAAGGCUGCUUUUUGCGAGUCUGAAAAGCAGUUUGGUGAGCAGGUUGCACGGUUACAAGUGUCAGAAUCUGCCGCUAAGGAAGCCAGUGGCAAGCUAGCAACAAACCUCAUCCAUCAAAUCCAAUCCAGCAACCAUGCCAAUGGCACCAUUUCUGCCGACGGCGGUUCAGUCCUUCAGGAACUCGCCAAAUCGCUCGCAGCGACGUCCAAGGAAAAGUGCACGUCAGCCACGCGUGAUAACGACAUGAUCUAUCACGACAACGUGCCCCAAGAAUCCAUCCUGACUCCCAGCGAUCGGUUGAAAGCGGUCAAGCCAAUCCCAAUGUCGGAACUUUACGGCCAGAACGAUAUUGGUAAAGUGAUUGGGCCUGAUAUCUUUGCAUCUUUAGUCCCUCUGAGCGUCCACGAAAGCGCAUCCUUGUACUCGGAAGAAAAGGCCAAGUUGUUGCGUACAGAAUCCGAGCGAUGUGAACUGGCUGAAGCGGAACUCAAGACGUCAUUGGAAUACAUGAAUCUUCCAGCCUCCCUGGAAAAGUUCAGGAAACAGGAAGACCAGUCGCUGGAUGAGUUGAUGACGCCGUCCAAGGAGGUUCGGCAAUGGGCUGAGGAUAUUGCGAUAGAAGAAUCGGCAGAUCGCACGUCUAUUCGGGAGAUAAUCCAGACGUUGGAAGGAUUUAAGCGACACGCGACGCAAAAGCUGGAUGAGGCAACUCUUAGUCUCGACCAGGAGAUGCACGAAUGCGAAAAGAUGCGGGUUAAGUAUGGUGAAUUGUGGACACAGCAGCCUUCUUCCCAAAUUGCAGGGGAUUUUCGACGCGAUAUCAAGAAUCAUCGCCAGACACUUGAACAAGCAAACAUUUCGGACAGUGAGAUCGUACAACGUCUUGACAAGGUUUCCAAGGACAUCGAUAUCCUGAAGAAGGGGAGCAAGAGCUCAGAUUUGGAAAGGGCAUUUACGGAAACUGCGUCUGCUGUUCUGGACCAGGGUUCCCAGAAUGCAGACACACAGAGCUUGCUUGAUUUGGACAUGACCCCUGACAAUGGUAGUGGUAACAGCAACAGUAAUAUGAAGUCGAAACUGAACAGUGUCGAAUCCGCUCUCGAAAAACUGCGCAACAUUGAAAGCGAACGAAAGGAAACUUUCCAGGAUUUGCGACAAAGGUCCAUGGAUGAUGAUAUUUCAAAUGUUCUAAUUCUGAACAAAAAGACGUCGAACGUUGAGCAGCAAAUAUUUACAGCAGAAUUAGAGAAAUACAAUCCACAUCAGCAAAGAAUAUCUGCAACUAUCCAACAGCAGAAACAAGCAAUCCGCGAGCUCGCGGACGCGUUUAAAGCACUGGUGGAGGAUAAAGAUGCCGAAAAGUUACAAAAGCGCUAUGGCCAAGUUGAUCAACGACGACAGACGGUUAUUACCCGUUUUAACAACGCCAGAACGCAGUAUUUCGAGGUCCGCGAGGAUCUCAAUAAAGGCAUUCAGUUUUACUCAAAUGCAUCGGACGUAAUUGACUCACUUUGUCAAAAUGUGAAACGGUUUGUGCAAGAACGGGACCAAGAGCGGAAGCAACUCGCGGAAAAGCUAGACACUGAACGAAGUGUGCGAGAGCAGGAAAUGUUGAAACAAAAAAUCGAGAGCUACAAUCCAUCUGCGCCGAGUAUGCAGCCUGUCGAUUCCACGGACGGUAUGGCGAAUUUGACGAAUCAAGCACGAUUUAUGUCACUAAACAGCUCAACUGGGUCAACAACAACUUCUAAUGCUCCACCAACGUUUGCAACCGCAUACUCGCCCUAUGGACAGCCUUCUUCGAUUACUGGAUCGCAGCAGUAUCCACAACCCCCUCUAGGAAUGCCUCUGCAACAACAACAACAGCAGCAGCAACAGCCCAGUAUGCCACCACCGCCUACACCAUAUCAACAGCAGCCGCAACCAUAUAGUACCCCAUCACCUUAUGUAUCCCAUCAACAACAGCAGCCCCCAAUGUUACCCCCAAAGCCACCUCAACAGCACCACCAUGUACCAUCGGCACCCAUGUCAUAUUCUCAACCACAACAACAAUACCCGUAUGCUGCACCAAAUCCAACGCCGGAGCAGCUGCAACAGCAGCAACCCUAUAGACCUCCUAACCCUAAUGAGAGCUACUAUAGGAGCGCACCACAGCAACCCUAUGCAUACCAAGCCUCAGGAAGCGCUACUGCGACAGCCCCUCCAGCUCCUCUGAACCAGAGCCCUUGUGGUCAGCCGCAACCACCACCCUUACAACAGUCCUUUCAACCGCAGCCACCCGGCGGACAGCAACCUUACUACGCAACAGGGCAACAACAACAUCAUCAUCAUCAGCAGCAGCAGCAUCAACAACAACCGCCACUACCAAACCCAUAUUGGCAGCAACAAAACAGCGGUGGAUCAUUGUUGGAUUAGCAAGUUAACUGUAUAAAUAUAUACUUCGUAUCAGAAGACGACCAGUAAAGCAGCCUAGUAUCACUCACAAUAAAAAAAUAGCUUGGUAUAUUCAUGCCCGAGUUUACUCUUUAUUUCAAUCAUUUUCCGCUAUUUUAAAGUUAACGGAUGACAUGUACCAAGCUCUUUUUGCUUCUACUUCUCAAGCC